AUGGCGUCCUUCCCACCACGAUCUCCAUUUCCCAACGACCAAUACACAGUAGGAUGGAUCUGUGCUCUUCCCAUUGAACUGGCAGCUGCCCAGGGCAUGCUAGACGAGGAACACGGCGCUCCACAUACGCUCCAAGCAAGAAUCGACGGUAAUUCCUACCUCCUGGGACGCAUUGGUCGUGUCAAGGUCGUCAUAGUCUGCCUGCCGGCGGACUACAUUGGCUCGGUGUCGGCCGCAAUUGUUGCGCGAAACAUGCUUCAUACAUUCCGCGGGAUCCGCUUUUGUCUUCUAGUGGGAAUUGGGGCCGGAAUACCAAGCGACGAGCGUGAUAUUCGACUAGGAGAUGUGGUCAUUAGUGAUGGUGAAACUUCUGGAGGAAUCGUCGUUCAUGACUUUGGAAAACGUGUCGCAGAUGGGUCCUUCGAACAUACUAACCCACGCUUUAAUCGCAAAUCAUCGUCGCUCAUGAGUAAUGCAAUGUCUAUGCUGAAAACAGAACAUUCACGACGCCAGAACUAUAUCCAAGGGUACAUUGAUGCGAUGUUGCAGAAAUCCCCUCGCCUCCUGAGAUUUGGAUUCAGCCGCCCAGCUCAGAGUACCGAUCGUCUAUUUAGUACACACUACAUGCACUCGACUGGUCGAACAUGUGACAGGUGCGAUCCCCGUAAAGAGGUCACGAGAAGGCGACGGUACGAUGAGAAGCCUGUUGUUCACUAUGGAGUAAUUGCAACUGGCGGCGCUGUGGUCAAACAUGCGCCUACUCGGGAACAUUUAAGACACAAGUUCAGUGCCAUUUGUUUGGAGAUGGAGGCCGAGGGUGUCAUAAGGAGUUUUCCCUGUAUCGUGAUCCGUGGUAUUUCCGAUUACGCUGAUUCUCAUAAGAAUGACCACUGGCAUCCAUAUGCCGCCGCUGCUGCCGCUGGAUGUGCAAAGGAGCUUCUCGGGCAGGUUGCCCCAGAGAGGUGA